AUGAAGCCGAGCACCGCAGUCGUUGUCCUUGGCGCUCUUCUUGCCACCUUCACUCCCAGUUAUGGGACCUUCCACCACAAAGGCAAGGGCAAAGGCGGCAACACCUUCAUCCGAGUGACCCAGUUCGGGGCAGGAGGGUACGGUCACCGCGGCUUCAGACACGGCGGCUACAGUCAGGGCGGCUUCGGGCACAGCGGCUUCCAGCCCAGCGGCUACCAGUACGGGGGUUACGGAUACGGACCGGUGGGCUACGGACAAACCGGGUACGGAGUCGGCGGAUACGGAGACGACGACGACUACGGAUACGGCUCGUACGGACACGGGUCGCAAGGACUUGGGUCGUACGGACAAGGGUACGGACACGGAUACGGACUCGGUCAGAGAUACAGACACGGUGGGUACAAUCGGCACCAUUCUAACCUCAUCAUCGAGGAACAUCACUCGCACGGGAAGGGAGGCGGAUUCUUCAAGGGAAUCGGCAAUGGCAUCCUUAGCGGGUUCAAUAACUUCUUCGGGAAAGGCAAGGGCGUGUUUGGAGACGGCCAUGAUUAUGAGUUCAUUGGUGUGCUGAGCCCGAAGUUUUAUAACCGGGGUCAUUUCGGCGUGUCUUACGGCGGGUAUGGUGGUUUCCGGCCGGGGUACUUGCAUGGAGGCUACAGCGGUGUGUACUAG